AUGUCGAGCACCGAUGAUGAUGAUGUGUCCAGAUAUUUCUCGUCACAGAUAGAGAGGUUUAAGGCAAUGCGAUUGAUUGCCGAUGCUUACGUCUACAAAGACUUCAUUCCUGAAUCUGAUUCUGAUGAAGAAGAAAUAGACGGCCUCGAUUCCGAAGAGUUUAUGCGGCUGGAGGGUUCGGACUUUGCUAUGAUGAAUCUUAUUUGUAACCCCGAAACUUUUUACUCAUACGCACUGUUGCCUUUGGUCUACUUCAAUGCUCAACAUAAGACGGAUUUUGAAUUUCACAAGCUGGUGAUAGUAUAUUCCAGUAAUCCUUAUUCCAUCUACAUAAAAUUUGAGGCCAUCAGCCCUGCCAUUGGUGGAGGACUAAUUCCUUUAGUCUUUCAAUCACACCUAGUUCUUCCACUGGGUUGGCCAAUACGUCUUGAGGUGGAUUUCUGUAGGUUGCACCCGAUUGAGUGUAGCUAUACUCUCGAUGAUCUUCCACUUUGCUCCUCGACUGAUCACACCAAAUCUCGUGUUAUUGCGGCUGCUGGGUUCUCUACAGAAUAUAUCUUUACUUUUAUGUCCCACUUACCUGAUCAGGGACGGAAAUUCUCUUUGAAAGACAUUGUUAGCUUUGAAGAGAUUGCAGAACCAACUUCUCCGGAUGGAUUUGACUUGAAGUACAAGAUCAUCGUUAAUACUUUUAAAACAAAGGAUGCUUCUUAUGAUUUGGGACCUUUAGAAGUAGUGGUGGCUUUUCGUCAUGAUUUAAAAGAAAUGGAGAUGAUAUCCAUUGUUGAAAAGGAGGUGCCAAAUGAAACCAAGGAUGAAGAAUGCAGGGACAAUGUUACAGUGCCUUAGAGACUAUAUUUAAGGUAAAACUUUUGAGUCUAAUGACAUAUAGAUAUUUUAAAAAAUAAAAUGGUUUCAUUGAUAUUGGGAUAAAAGGGGUAUUCAUUAUAAUUAUGUGUAUCUCUUCCUAUUUUGAUUUUUGUUGUCACUGUGUUUAGCCAUCCAAAAAUAUUGAAUUUGUGAGAAUGAAUCAUUUGAAUCUAAUUAGUAUGAAAGUCUAACUCAUAUAUAAUUAUGAAUUUGGUGUGGCUCAA